AUGAUUUCUCUUGAGCAAAAAACGGUAAUAGCAAAACAAGGCGUUUCCAUAAAUGUAAGUUUAGGCCACAACACUAUCUAUCUAUCUAUCUAUCUAUCUAUCUAUCUAUCUAUCCCAGCCUGUUCAUUAUCUAUCUAUCUAUCUAUCUAUCUAUCUAUCUAUCUAUCUAUCUAUCUGUUGUGGCCACAACACUAUCUAUCUAUCUAUCUAUCUAUCUAUCUAUCUAUCUAUCUAUCUAUCUAUCUAUCUAUCUCAGCCUGUUCAUUAUCUAUCUAUCUAUCUAUCUAUCUAUCUAUCUAUCUAUCUAUCUGUUGUGUGUAUUAUCGUCGCUUUUAUCUUCCUUUUCUUUCAUUCUUUCUUUCUUUUUCUUACUUUCACCCUUCCCCCUUUUCUUUCUUUCUUUCUUUUUCUUUCUUCCCUCCUUCCUCCCUUUUCUUUAUUUCUUUCUUUCUUUUUAAUUCUUUCUUCUCUCCUUCCUUCCUUUUCUUUCUUUCUUUCUUUUUCUAUCUUCUUUUUCUUUCUUUCUUUCUUCCCUCCUUCCUUCCUUUUCUUUCUUUCUUUCUUUCUUUCUUUCUUCUUUUCUUUCUUCCUUCCUUCCUUCCUUCCUUUUCUUUCUUUCUUUCUUUCUUUCUUUUUUUCUUUCUUUCUUUCUUUCUUCCCUCCUUCCUUCUUUCCUUUUCUUUCUUUCUUUAUUUAUUUUUCUAUCUUCUUUUUCUUUCUUUCUUCCCUCCUUCCUUCCUUUUAUUUCUUUCUUUCUUUUCUUUCUUUCUUUCUUUCUUUCUUUCUUUCUUUCUUAAGUAG